AUGCGCGUCACUCUCAACAUAUACAACCCCCGCGAGGGUGAGGACGAUAACCUCUUGACUCUCGAGAUCUUCCCCGAUAUGCCACUGUCAACCCUGCGCGAGUCCAUCCAGGCCGAGAGCAACAUCGACCCCACCUCUCAGCACAUAUACCACAACGGUCGCCUCAUCACCGACGACUCCAAGACCAUGCAUGACCUCGAGAUCGGUGACGGCGAGAUGCUGGCCGUCCACGUGAGGGACAUGCGUGGGAGCACCGGUGUGCCUGCCGCCGCCGCCGCCGGUCAGCGGCCCUCCUCGCGUCCCCAGCAGUCGCAGCCUCAGCUUCCCCCGAGAAAUGCCGCCAACCAGGGCCAGCCCGACCCGGAGCUCAUCCGCCUCCAAGUCCUGGGUAACCCGGCCAUGCAACAGCAGGUCCAGAGGCAGAACCCUGAGCUGGGUGCCGCCCUCAAUGAUCCAGCUCGCUUUGCCCAGAUCCUUCGCGAUAGCAACGACAGGGAGCAGCGUGAACGCCUGGAGCGCCAGCGCGAGAUCGAGCGUCUCAACGACGACCCGUUCAAUGUCGAGAAUCAGCGCCGUAUUGAGGAAAUGAUUCGCCAGGAGAGGGUCAUGGAGAACCUACAGAAUGCCAUGGAGUACAACCCUGAAGUCUUUGGAAGGGUUCACCUAUUGUAUAUCGACGUCGAGGUCAACGGCCACAAGGUCAAAGCCCUUGUCGAUUCGGGUGCUCAGGCUACCAUCAUGACACCCGAAUGUGCCGAGGAAUGCGGCAUAUCCCGCCUGAUCGACACACGCUUCGCCGGUGUGGCCCACGGCGUGGGAACCGCCAAGAUCAUUGGCCGCGUCCACGCAGCUCAGAUCCGAAUCGGCAACCUCUUCCUCCCAUGCAGCUUUACUGUUAUGGAGGGAAAGACGGUCGAUAUCCUCCUAGGUCUCGAUAUGCUCAAGCGCUACCAGUCCACCCUCAAUCUCGAAAAGGGCUGCCUGAUCAUUCAGUCCGAGGAGAUCCCCUUCCUCGGAGAGGCCGACAUUCCCAAAGGCGUCGAGGAGCAAGCCGCCGAUGAGCCCACCGCCCCCGGUCCUUCGGGAACCCGCAUCGGCCAGGAGAGCGGCGUAUCGACGACAACGGCCUCCGCUGCGCCUCCUACCCAGCAGGCAGGAGAAGCCAGCGUCUCACCCCAGCACAUUGAGACGCUCAUAUCCAUGGGUGCCGACCGCGCUCGCGCCAUACAGGCUCUCCAGGCGUCUGGUGACAAUGUCGACAUGGCUGCCAGUAUCCUUUUCUUUGGUUAA